AUCAAGAAGAGAUCAAGGAGAAACUUAGAGUGAAAUGACGAAUGGUUUUGUAGAUGAUUAGUGGUGUUGUGUAAAAUUUGUUUAGUAGAAAUUCUGAAUUUAAUACUGCAUCAAAUUUUGUGACUUGCAAAAUGACUGAUUUUGCAUAUUCUUAGAGUACUUUACUUUGUUUAUUUCCUUGUGUGAUUAUUAUUACAAGAAGGUUGUGAAAGACCAAGAGUGUAGGCUAUGUUCCUCCAAGAUUAUCGUUAAUUUAUGUUGUGAGAGUAUUCCGUUAUCUUUAAUAGGUACUUUUAUUUGACACUUUCUACUCCAAAAUGCCUCUGACAAAUCUAAACCGUGAGAGGAUUAAUUCUGGCCUAAGGUCAGUUGAUUUAGAACAAGUAUGGGGAGAUUUAAAGAGUGGUAUUGAACAGGUUUACAGGCAACAAUCUAUGUCUAAGAGUAGGUAUAUGCAACUGUAUACUCAUGUUUACAGCUACUGCACAAGUGUCCAUCAACAAGGAAAAACACCUGUUAAACCUAAAAAAGGUACUCAAAGUACUCAAUCAGGAGGUGCUCAAUUUGUAGGGUUUGAGCUUUACAAAAAAUUGAAAGAUUUUUUGCGUAAUUACUUGGUUAAUCUACUUGAUAAUGGAAUUGAUUUAAUGGAUGAGGAUGUCUUAAAAUUCUACACCACCAAAUGGGAAGAUUAUCAGUUUAGCUCAAAGGUACUGAAUGGUGUCUGUGCAUAUUUAAAUAGGCACUGGUUGCGUAGAGAGUGCGAAGAAGGUAAGAAGGAUAUGUACGUAAUCUAUCAGUUAGCUUUGGUUACUUGGAGGGAUUUUCUGUUCAAACAGUUGGACAAACAGGUCUCGAGUGCAGUUCUCAAGUUGAUUGAAAAAGAAAGAAAUGGAGAAACCAUCAAUACAAGUUUGGUUAGUGGUGUAAUAAACUGCUAUGUUGAGUUGGGAUUGAAUGAAGAAGAAGGUGAUAAAGCUAGUAAAGGCCCAAAUCUAACUAUCUACAAGGAAUCUUUUGAAAAUGUGUUUUUGGAAGACACAAUAAGAUUUUACAGCAAAGAAAGCACAGAAUUCUUGCGACAAAACCCUGUAACAGAAUACAUUAAGAAAGCAGAACAACGCCUCUCAGAAGAACAGAGAAGAGUACAGAUUUACUUGCAUGAAUCAACCCUUUCUUCGUUGAGCACUACCUGUGAAAAUGUCUUGAUAAAGAAAAAUCUAGAAACAUUUCACUCUGAGUUCCAGCAUUUGCUAAAUUCAGACAAAAACGAUGAUUUACAGAGGAUGUAUGAAUUAGUGUCUCGAAUCCCUGAUGGACUGACAGAGUUAAGAAACAUACUUGAAACUCAUAUUGCCAAUCAAGGUCUUGAGGCAAUUGAAAAGUGUGGAGAUAGUGCUGUGAAUGAUCCUAAGAUUUAUGUGAGUACUAUUCUUGAAGUUCAUAAAAAAUUCAAUGCCUUAGUACUUACAUCAUUUAGCAAUGAUAGUGGGUUUGUUGCAGCAUUAGACAAAGCUUGUGGCCGUUUUAUAAAUAACAAUGCCGUUACACGAGCUGUAAGUUCUAGCUCAAAGUCUCCUGAACUUUUAGCAAAAUUUUGUGAUUUGUUGCUGAAAAAGUCUAGCAAAAAUCCAGAGGAAGCGGAAUUGGAGGACACAUUAAAUCAAGUUAUGGUUGUGUUCAAGUACAUUGAAGAUAAAGAUGUCUUCCAAAAGUUCUAUUCAAAAAUGUUGGCAAGACGGUUAGUCCAGCAUAUGUCAGCAAGUGACGAUGCUGAGGCUUCAAUGAUUUCUAAACUCAAACAAGCUUGUGGUUUUGAGUACACCUCUAAACUGCAGCGAAUGUUUCAAGAUGUAGGAGUUUCAAAAGAUUUGAAUGAACAGUUUAGAAGACAUAUGGACAAUAGCAAUGAAUCUUUGGACAUAGAUUUUAGUAUUCAAGUUCUUUCAUCUGGUUCUUGGCCUUUUCAGCAGUCCUUCAACUUUUGUCUACCAACAGAACUGGAAAGAAGUGUUCAUCGCUUCACAACUUUCUACAGCAACAGACAUAGUGGUAGGAAACUUAACUGGCUCUAUAACAUGUCAAAAGGUGAACUGAUAGCAAAUUGUUUCAAGAACCGUUACACCCUACAAUCAUCUACAUUCCAAAUGGCUGUAUUACUUCAGUACAACCUAAGUGAUAGUUGGACUGUACUUCAACUUUCUGAAUCCACUCAAAUUAAAGCAGAUUUCCUCAUACAAGUUCUUGAAAUAUUGGUGAAGGUAAAACUCCUACUUUGCGAUGUAGAUGAAACCAAGAUUGAGACAGAAACAGUAAUGCGGCUAAACUUGGGCUAUAAAAAUAAAAAACUGCGAGUGAACAUCAACCAUGUAAUGAAGUCAGAGCAAAAGUCAUCAGAGGAACUAACUCACAAAAACAUUGAGGAAGAUAGAAAACUUGUAAUUCAAGCUGCAAUUGUCAGAAUUAUGAAAAUGCGAAAGCAACUGAAACACCAACAGCUCGUUGCUGAAGUUUUCCAGCAACUGUCAUCUCGUUUCAAACCGAAGGUUCAUACUAUAAAAAAGUGCAUUGACAUUCUCAUUGAAAAGGAGUAUUUAGAUAGAACAGAUGGACAGAAGGACAUGUAUAGCUAUCUUGCAUAGAAAAUACACAGACCGUAAGGAGUGUCUGAGGUCAACAGAGGGGAAGGAUGCCUAUAUACUGAAGAUGAAUCAUAUAUUCAGGAACUUCUUUUGUCCAAAUAAACCUGUGAUAACUUUUCACGCAUGAAGACGUAUUACGGAAUAUAUGUACUGUAGUGCUAUCUCAGGUUAUGUUAUUUUAAAUAUCAGCUGUGACUGAAGUGAGUUUUCUGUAAAAUAAUAAAAAAAAGAUAUUGAUAUUACUGAUUUUUUAUACUUGAAUCUGUAGUAUCUACUGAAUGGAAAAUGUGUAAUUAAAAUAGUUCUGUGUUAGAGUUAAAACAGCAGGACUAGAUGUGGCAUGUAUAUGUUUAACUAAGUUAUAUAUCUAUAAAAUGUGUUUUAUUGGAGGUUCCUUUUAAUAUGCCGUAAUUUUGUUUAUCUUUAAGCCACCUGUUGGUCAGUCAUUUUACUGUUUUUGGAUUGUGAACAUUUCAAGCGUACUCAUCUAAACAAGAACAAAAAAUUGACAUUUAAAUUGCGACCAGCUUAAAGAUAAGGGUUGAUGAACACUCAAUUAGUUAUAACGCCUUUUUGAACAACUACCUUUUGGUUGAUCAGACACCAAUCUGUAGUAAGUUAACCCCUGAACUGUUGUAUCCUAUUUCAGGCGUUGUGCCAUCCUUUACUCAUGUGAUUAAGCAGUUUCUAUUGUUUCUGAUGUACGUUUCAUACUUACAUUAUUGCACCAGUUUGUUUAAGUAGUUGUUUGCAUUUUCCUGAUUUUAGUUGAAUGUUAUAUAAAGUUUUUCCUUGCAUUCUUUGAUUUUAGAGUUCAGUUUGUUCGUACUUGCUAUGCUACUAUCUACUAUUUGAAAGCACAGAAGAAGUGCGUACCAUGUUUAAAGUUACAUUACGCUGUGUAUUUACACUUGUGUAACAUUAAAAAAUAAUAUUUAAAUUGAAGCUUAACAUAGUAUAAUAUGCUGUGACAGUUUAGCGUUAAUCAAUGAAACCUGUAGUUUUGAGAGUUUAUCCGGGAUAAUCUAAUCUACAAUUGUAAGAAUGGAGUUCUACAUAAAACAUAACGAAAGCAAACAAAAAUUCCCAUAAAUUUAGCGGGCAAGGGGUAAAGAGAAUACUUUUUGUAUGAAAUCAACCAAAUGUGUGAUUCUCCUAGGGAUUUCAUUUUAUUUGAUUACACUUAAUUAUAUAAACUUACAGGCACGUUCAUGUAAUAAAAAUGAAAAUAUUGCGUGUUACAAUGAACCUGUAUAAAUAAACUGUUUCAAUUUAUCACGUUUCAUUUUUUGUUAUGAAAUCACAAAUAAACCAACUGGUUUUUUUAGUCAAGAUUUUAAUUAUGAAUAUUUUUGAAUGUGUAAUAUAAACAUAGAAAGAGAAUUUAUUCACUUAUUCCAUCAUUUUCAUAUUAACAAAGAUUUAUAUUUUUGUAAUAAAAGAAUAUAAAGUGCAACUCCUAGUUUUUCAAUUCCAUGAUAAAACCAGCAAGCUAUUACUAUUGUUAUUCAUAGUAUUGUUUCUUAAUCAUCCAUAAAGCAUGUAUAUAGACUACUAAAACUUAAACCAUUUAACCUGUUACUUUAUAAAAUUUAGUUGUAUUUUUUUGUCUUAAGGUAUGUUUAAUCAUAUAAUAUUUAGUUUUGUAUGUUAUUAAUAUUAGUUGUAAUAAAACUAUUUUAAGGAUGUAUUAUAAACCUUGCUUAAGUACUUAAAGGUAUAAGAGCACAACAGUGCUUUUUAUAUAGUGGUUAUUUUUAAAUAACAACUAAGCAAGCAUGGUUGAGCUACCCUUUUCUAUCAAGCACUCACAAAGCUAAAAAGUUUAAAUGGGUAAAGAUCUGAGAAGAAGCAAAAUUGGUUCUUUAUAAAAAAAAAACAUUACUCACUUUUCCAGUGUCUUGAGGAAUAAAUAAAACUGUUGUUUUGUUGGAAGUUUCUCGUUAUUUUGUGAUUUUAAUAAGCAAUAUUGUAGAUUUUAACUAUACAAAAAGCUCGUUUUUAAAUUUAAAUACUCAAUAAUGAAACUUGCUACCAUAAUUCUCAAAAACAAUUGGAACUCAUAAAUUGUAUUUUUAAAGAGCAUUUUGCUAAACUUAAGUGACAUCAGCCAGAAAUAAGGAAUACAAUGGUUUGAGUUUUAUUACUCUUGUGCAACAAAAAUCAAAUUGGCUUAGAUAUAAGUUAUACAAUAGAAAGAGAAUCUACUUACAAUGGAUACUUGAAGGCAGUUUUUUCAGAUUCUGUAAGAUUGACUUAUUUAAUUUUGUUUAUUUGUAUACACAGUUGUAGUUUAGUUUGGAGUGCUCGUAGAGCAGGAGUGGCAGCUAUUAGACAAACUAAAUUGUAAGUAGACAGUAGUUGUAUAACUACAACUACAGGAGGAUUUAUUUCUAUAACUACAACUACAGGAGGAUUUAUUUGUAUAACUACAACUCUACUGAUAUUACAUAAUCCACGAGUAAAAUUAGUCUCGCUCAGGUAGAUUUUCUAAAAUUGUUUCCAUAAAUUUUAUAAUGUUUAAUAUGUUAAAACUAGUUUUAUUCAUUGCAUUGGUAAAAGUUAAAACACGGGAGAAAUUUUUAGCCUGUUACAGUGCAACCAAUCCUCUUUAUGAAUUGACUUGUAUGUUAGGUUAGGCAAUUUAUUAAUGAUUACUCUAAGUGCAAUAAUUUCUACUUUUGGAAGAAUAUAGGCAGAACAACUGUACGGCCUAUUAAAGAGAAAAAUAUGGUGCAGUCAGAGUAAGCAAGGUUAUAAAUAAAAUAAAAGAUUCAUAAAGAAUUAAAUGUGAUAACAUCAGUUUUUUAAACAAUAACUUUUCCCUUGCUCUUAACAAUAAUUCUAAGUUUCUUUACUACUUAUGUUUAGUUAACAAAACAAUUACGAUUACAUCUGAAACUGGCAAUUUGUGUGGCAUUGUAAACUGCUAUGUUUUUGCCUAUUUUUUAAAGACAUCUAUUGUAAUAUACAGUUAAAAUACAUUGUUAUACUUA